GAAUUAGACGUAUUCAUAUAUUUGCACGUGGACUCAGAGCCCUCUGCGUCAGCUGUACUCAGGCAGUUUGACGUCACGUAACCCGGAAGUGUUUGUCUUUGCGUAACGAGGUCAAAAUGGCGGCGCGCUGCAUGUGAGAGGGUCGGACGAGGUGAACGGGAGCCGGCUUUAUGAUCCGAAAACAUGUACAAAACGCCAUGCAGCAGACUGUCAGGUUUAGUCGGUGUGAGUGUGAAGCAGAAAUUAUUUCACUGUAAUCAGAGCGCUCGAAGCCUCAUUCAGCUGUACAGGAGAGAUCCGUCAAACUGGCUGACGUACCAGCAUCUCAACUUCCUGAAACGCCAGUAUGUAACUAAAAAGAACACUGAGCUUCACCAGCGAGCCAUCCCCAAACAGGCCCCCGUCCUGACCAUCGUGGAUGAGAGAGAUGACAGCAUUGAACGACAGGUGCAGAGAAUACCAACCAUCAACCCUGUGGUUACAGAAACAGUUUCACAGCCAGAAGAUGUCACCAGCAAGGCAGAGUUGGAAAUAUCCUCCUCGGAGGCUGCCUCAGGAGAUGUGGCGGCGCAUACAGAUUCUGUGUCGAGUACUGAUUUGACUUCAGAUGAACCGCCUCAUGUCCAAGUGGAGACGCAAGAGGCCAGAGAGGCACGACUGGACAAACAGUGGAAGAUACUGAAAGUCGAUGUGGCGGAUUUGCCGGAUGUUUACGCCAAGCUCGCCAAAAUCAAACUCACAGCUCUGGUGGUAACGACUGCAGCGGCUGGCUUUGCGAUGGCUCCAGUGCCCUUUGACCCCUUGCUCUUCGUAGUGUCUUCUCUGGGAACAGGCCUCGCCUCCUGCACUGCCAAUACAAUCAACCAGUACUUCGAGGUGCCCUUCGACUCCAACAUGAACCGGACGAAGAACCGUCCCCUCGUCAGAGGACAAAUCAGCCCCCUCCAUGCGGUCUGCUUUGCUCUGGGCUGUGGGAUUCCUGGAAUUGCCCUGCUCACGUUGGUGGUAAACCCCCUCACGGGCUUCCUGGGUGCCCUCAACAUCUUCCUCUACACCUGCUGCUACACUCCACUCAAGAGGCUUAGCAUCUCCAACACCUGGGUGGGAGCGUUUGUGGGCGCGAUUCCUCCGGUCAUGGGCUGGACGGCUGCUACAGGUUGUCUGGAGCCAGGUGCUUUGUUGCUGGGUGGUUUCCUGUACAGCUGGCAGUUCCCCCACUUCAACGCCCUCAGCUGGAACUUGAGGGAAGACUACUCUCGCGGCGGCUACCGCAUGAUGUCCGUCACCCACCCCAGCAUGUGCAAGCGAGUGGCCCUGCGUCACAGCCUGGGUCUGAUCGGCCUGUCGUCGUUAGCCCCCGUGUUAGACGUCACCACUUGGACCUUCCCCGUUAUCUCCCUCCCCAUUAAUCUGUACAUCAGCUACCUGGCCUUCCGUUUCUACCGCAAAGGAGACCGCAACAGCGCCCGCAAGCUGUUCUUCUGCAGCCUGUGGCACCUGCCCAUGCUGCUGCUGCUCGCACUCACCUGCAAAAAAGCGCGCAAAGACCCAGAGAACGCCGCUCUACCUGCAACUUCUUCUUUACCUCUCACACUGCAGAGCUAGCUAGCCUUAAUUUAAGUCCCGCGUGUCUCCUUUAACCACUUCUUCUCCGAGCAGCUGGAUGAUGGACACAUUAUUUAAUCUGUGUUUAAUUCAACCCAGCGCUGCUCAAAGCAGAUCAGGAAAUGAGCUGGAAGUGAUCGGAUCAAAACGUAACAGAAAACACACCGAAUCAUUACACCCGGUUGUAAUCAUUUCAAAGCGUGUGUGCUCUCACUGUAUAUAUUCUGUAUUUAUUUAUGUAGGGGCCCAGCAGAUCCUCUCAGUGUUGUACAUGACUGAUGUUUAAUGACCUUGUACAGUGUAAAUUGCUCCUAUGGAUCCACACUGAGAUCUCUCUCUGCAGAUCAUACAAAUGCAACAUAGAGGAAAAGGAUAUAUACGUGACUAUCAGAGUAAGGGCUGCUUCCAACUCUGAAUUGUCGGUCGAAUCUAAUGUGACGGUUCAAUCCAAGGCAACACUUUAUUCUGAGUUGAAUUUACCGCCUCAUCAAAGCUCCUUUAUCCACAGGUCUCAUGCUUCUCAUGCAGGAUGCAGAUUCAUCAGUCUUGUAUGUGAGCAGGCGUCAACAAGACAUCAAAAGAAUCACAGGUCAGCAACUUUCUAGUUACUUAAAAUCAUGUCAGCAUUAUUUAAAAUUAUAUUGUUGAAAUAGAGAAAAGAUUUGAGCCAUCUGUUCUCUGGAAACAGAAACAAGCUAACCUAAAGUCAGCUUGCAGACCCCAAAUACCUUGAGGUAGCACCAGAAAGAUCCUUAUUUUGAACUAUUUAAGCCUGGUUUAUACUUCUGCAGCAGUGGUCGACACGGACAUGAGCACCACAUACUUCUGCGUCGAUGCGUCCGUGUCACGCAGCAAUUCUCAGCCGAAACCCUCAAGGGCAGUGUGGUCUCUCUGACAGCCAGUCCCCUGCUUCCGGCCCCGCUACGAUCUCUGUUUACUUUUCAACAACGAUUCAGAGCGUGUUCUGUUAAUCUACAGCUGAUACAUGUUGCUGUUUAUUAUACAGACGUGAUUGCAUGAAGAAUAGAGAGGAGGAGAUGAAAUACACGGCCAAUGUGCGGUCGUUGAGUGGGGUUCCCAGAAGUGCUGUAGAUGCGGGACGAGCGGACCAAUCACAGGGCUUGCAGUCGGCGUCAAUUCUAGGGGUAGUUACAUUUUGGAGGAGGUGCACGUCUGCUACGUGUGUAGGCAUCUGCUUAGGGAUGCCGUCGAUUCGACACAGAAGUAUAAAUCAGGCUGAAGUGUUAAGAAGGAGGCUAUGUAGACAUUUUGGCUCAUGUUUGAAAUAUUAAGCAGUGAUGGAAUCUUUAUCUUAAGUGAAGCUGAGCAUCAACAACAGUAAGCUAUCAGCAGCUCAGCUAUCAGCAGCUCAGCUCGCAGCCCCCUUCUGAAAUCCUGAGCCCGCCAAAUCCAAACACAGAUCUUUAACCUGAAUCUGCUUUAUCAGUUUUUUCACCAACUUUAAAAAGCAGACCUGUUUGUUCUGACCUCUGGUGACCUCUGUGGGUAACUUGAUGGGGUCAAAACAACAAGAAAUCAAGCCGUCGAGAUGUGCUCGUCCGUUUCCUGCCUUUCAUGCUGUUGCUCCUGUACAGAACUGAUCACACAUGAUGCCGCUCAAAACCAAGAGUUCAGAGGAUCGACUGACAAAAGCGUGAGUUGUUUGAUGAUUUUAAGAGUCCACUUUUAGCGCACAUCCUGCUAUCAAAGGAUGUAAGUUAGCUUUCAGAGUAUAAAAAUAGAGUGAAUAUCAACUUAUUCUAACAAAGCUGUUCUUUGACUUUGACCUCAAACCUGUUACUUGACAGUUUGUACGCCUCAUUGUAUUUCGCCGCUCGGCAAACACACUGAUGGCUCAUUUAUAUAAUGCAACACGGUUAAUUCAACACGGUUGUUCAGCACCAAAACAAAAGAGAAUACUUAACCUCUGUGAGAAACACAAGGGCAGAUAUUCUCUGACAAUAAAACACAUCGUGAUUGUAA